AGGUGAAAAGAAAAAUUUACAAUAAUAAAUUUCUGUCUAAAAUAUUUUAAAAUAUACAUUGGAUAUUUCGAACACUUUUAUAAUGCCUUUUAAAAUCACGGAGACUUUUUUGUAAUUCCAUAUUGAAAGGUGAAUGUAGCCUCCCAAAACUAAAUAGUUAUUUGUUCCGUUGCUAAAUUAGCAUACUUAGAUUUUUGUUAAUUAACAGAAAAUUUAUAUACACGUGGCAUCAACUCAAAAGUGGAAAACAAGGCUGUUGGCGUAAGUACUGACGUAUGAUCAACGACAUUGAUAUUCCAGUCAAAUUUUACCACCGCCGCUGAACCUCCUCUUUAUGUCCCUAAAAACAGCUUCGUUUCCGUUCAGUACUUGCCCAUAAGUAGCAGUCACUAUGAACCAACCAUGAUAGCCUCGGAAACCGUAUAACACAUUCCUCCUCCCUCAAUCUCAGUCGUCCGUCAGUCAUGUCCACUCCAAUCACCACCGUCCACGUCCUCGUCUGCCCUUAUCCUUCCUCCGGCCACAUCAUACCCCUCAUCGACCUCACCCGCCGGUUACUCACCCGCGGCCUCACCGUCACCUUCGUCGUUACCCCAACCAAUCUCCCACUUCUCCAACCGCUCCUCUCCUCUCACCCACCGUCUUCUCUCCAACCCUUGGUUCUCUCCAUCCCGGAAACCACCAUUUCAACAUCUCACAGGCUCCUUUCUAUCAUACGCGCCACGCGUGAGCAUCACUUCCCUGCGCUCCUGGACUGGUUUCGGUCUCAUCCAUCACCUCCUGUUGCUAUCAUCUCCGAUUUCUUCCUCGGUUGGACCCACCACUUCGCAGGAGAAAUCGGCAUCAAACGUCUGGUUUUCUCUCCGUCCGGUGCCAUUUCCCAUUGCGUCUCUUUUUCCCUCUGGCAGGACCUGCCAAAAAUCGAUAACCCGGACGAUGUGAAUUCUCCAAUUUCGUUUCCAAAUGUGCCCAAUUGCCCCGUUUAUCCUUGGUGGCAACUCAAUUCCGUGUACAGAAGCGGUAAAGAAGGAGACCCAGAUUGGGAACUUUACAGGAGCAUUAACCAGGCCAAUAAAGCGAGUUGGGGUGCAGUGUUGAACUCGUUCGCCGACUUGGAGAGCGUUUAUUUGGAGCAUCUUAAGAAAGAAAUGGGUCAUGAUCGAGUGUGGGCGGUUGGACCUUUAUUACCUCCGAGUGACGAUGACGAUGAUGAUGUAGGACCUUUUGAUAGAGGUGGGUCCAGUUCUCUGCCAUCUCACGUGGUGAUGAAGUGGCUAGACGCUCGUGAUUUCCGUUCUGUUGUUUUUGUGUGUUUCGGCAGUCGUACAUUUUUGACGACCUCACAGAUGGAUGCGUUGACUGCGGCACUGGAACACAGCGGGGUCCACUUUAUCUUGUCCGUAAGGCCGCCCAACAAGAAACAGGAGGGAGAUGAUCACGGAGAAAUUCCAGAAGGGUUUGAAGAUCGUACGGCGGAUAGAGGUUUGGUGAUCAAAGGAUGGGCUCCACAGGUUGCUAUAUUGAGGCACCGAGCCGUGGGUGCGUUCUUGACCCACUGUGGCUGGAACUCGCUGAUGGAAGGACUCGCAGCUGGGGUGGUGAUGCUGACGUGGCCAAUGGGUGCGGAUCAAUUCACUAAUGCGAAGUUACUUGUAGACCAAUUAGGCGUGGGGUUUCGAGUUGGUGAAGAAUCUAAAAUCAUUCCCAGACCCAUUGAGUUGUCUUCCUUAUUGGUUGAGUCGUUGGAUGAAAAUAGACCAGAGUGGGGCCGCGCCAAAGUGCUAAGUGAUAAAGCCUUGGGUGCUGUCAAGGGUGGAAGCUCUGACAAAGAUUUGGAUGAUUUGGUCAAGUGGCUUAGUGAGCUCUAAAUUGCCUCAUUACCAUUUUCCAAGUUGAAGGUAUUUGAUAAAUUUGAAUUGUUCGAAUUUCAGUUGAAUCAAUUCUCUUUCUCGAAUACUUGAUAAAUAUGCAUAAAUAUGAUAUUAUUAAUAAAAUAUUUAAGAAAGUUAAAGGGAGUGUUUGGUACGCUAUUGGUCCUUCUCCUGCGUUUGUUGUGUUUCCCCAAAAUGGAAUAACCAAUCCAGGAUGCCAAAUUUAAUCCCGCGUUCUGACAUUGAUGGAAUAACUUAUCCCGCAUAAAGACCUGCGAUAAAAGUAGGUUCUCGGGAUAUAUAUAUAUUUUUUUAAUCUAUCGGUCUUUUUCUUUUUUUCA